CCAAAACCAAAAGUACCAAACACCAUACUAUUCAUUGUCUUAUCCCUUUUUCUUCUCUUUUACACUUAUUUAAACAGCCUCUCCUUAACGCAAACAUAUCCAUAUUCCACAUUCUUAUUCAUUUCUCCUCCCCUAUUUCCCCCCACUUGUUGACCAUUAUAUCAUUCACAACUAUUGUUCGGCUUAAUAUAUUAGCAAAACUGUGUCAUCAUUCACACUUGGUUUUGUCAUCAUUCACACUUGGUUUGCCAUAUUUGAUCCGGUCACGUUGAUUAUUCAAUCAUUUCAUAAUCUAUUUAAACAUCCUGUACCUUUUUGGUUCCCUUAAUCACAUUAAAAUUCAACUGUUACGUUCUUAGAAAAUACGUGCUUAUUUGAAAGGAAGAGAAAUAAUCAAUGGCGAUUGCUAUGGGAAUGCUGGGAAAUGUUGGGGGUUGUGAGUCUGCCUCUUCUUCUUGGAUUCGUUUGAAGAAGAAGAAGGGUGAAAAUGUUCGAGUUGGUGUUAGUUGUGUUUAUUCACCAUCUAUGAGGGAUCCUUAUAAGACCUUGAGGAUUCAACCUGAUGCUUCUGAAUCUGAUGUCAGAAAGGCUUUUAGAAAGCUUGCUCUUCAGUAUCACCCAGAUGUGUGCAGAGGAAGUAAUUGUGACAUCCAAUUCAACCAAAUCAAUGACGCAUACGAUACUGUGAUGAGUAACUUGAGAGGUGAAACGAAGAGUGCAGAGAUAUAUGAGGAAUAUGAUGAUGAUGAAUCCAUGAGAGGGGUAAAUGAUCCAGAUUGGGAUAUGUGGGAAGAGUGGAUGGGAUGGGAAGGGGCCGGCAUUCGCGACUAUUCUUCUCACAUCAACCCUUAUAUAUAAUUUUCUUGAUAAAUAUGGUGUCUGGACCUAGCUUGUGAGCGCGUCUUACCUUAAAUCUUUAAUCUGGAUUAUAAUGUUCGGUUAAAUACCUAAAAACCCAUCCAUCUUCAUCAACUUAAAGAUGGUUCGAGGUUCCUGUACAUACUCAAAGGAGGGAGUUGUAUAUUUUUGUACAUAGAUGGAUCAUGGAAGUCUCUCCUCUGUAUUUAUCAAUUAUAAUGAUGCAAUUCUAUCAAUAAGAAGUUACAUUACUGGAA